CACGAUUGUAAUUAUAUACUUUCAAAGCUGUGUCGUUUUAAAUUUCCUCGGCAUUCCCAGAGGGCAAAAUAAACCUAUCUUGAACAGCAAAAGCAGUGAUUUAUCGGAGGUUCCAUUUGAGAGAGAAAUUUUGUUGAUUGAUUGGUAGCAGAGAUUGAAGGACAUGGUGAAAAUGGGUACAUUUUUUGGGAUGUCACUUGGAGCCUUCAUUUUCUGGCAGACCAUGGACAAAGUCCAUGUCUGGAUCGCCCUUCACCAGGACGAGAAGGUACUCGAACCCCAACCCGUUUUUGUACGUAUAUAUAUUUGUAUUUGACUAUAUGUGAUUGGUUUAGGGUUUACCGUGGCCAGGAUUGAAUUGUGUUUGAAACUUACGUAUGGGUAACCUCGUUUUUAAGGGGUUAAUUUUGAUAAAAAGGAAAAUUGAUUUGCAGAUUUGACUUGGAUCUGUGUUUAUGUAUUUUUAUGAAUUAUCAAUUUCGAUAUUAGUUCUUAUCUUCAACCCCCAUCUCUAGACCUGUUAGAUGUGGAAAUAGAGAUUUUAGAAUAGUAAAUUGAGGGUACAAAAUUUGAGCUUUUGUGAAACAAAUUUUAUUUGCGAAGUUCUAAGGAA